AUGUACUUCGCAGCCAUUCACUAUGGCCUUGUUGCGUUUGAGCUUUUGCUCACUUCAGCCAAUGCCUCCCCAUACUAUGGUAUCAACGUCGGAUAUUCCAAACUCCAAGCUCGGGAUCUAUUCGUCGACCCUUCCACAUGUGAUGACUUUGUCAUUGGGGCGACCAAUACCAAAGUUGGUCAAGUUUGUGUCGGAAUUUCAGGUGGCAUUCUCAAUGUCGCCUACGGAAAACUAAACAGCUGUACUUACAGCAGUGUCCACGUCUACGUCGGCACUGUACCACCCACGGACCGCAACCCCGGCGGAUUUCCAUACUCUAGCGAUCCUGGUGGCAUUUGUACUUUGUCUGCUGAUAGGACUACUGCAUCGUGCCCGAUCCCUGUCCAGAACUCAUGGAGGGCUUGUGAGCAAACCCUCUAUAUCGCGACUCAUGGUUCUGUGAAUUGCAGUCCUGGUGGUGGGCAGACUGGUUGGGGAAUGGGAACAUGUUUUGGUGGAUCGAACGGCAAUUGUGCUAAAUAUUGGAUGUUCACGACCCAUUGUUACUGCCCUUCAGUAUCUGUCUUUCCACAGCAAUAUCAAACCUCAACCUCUAUCUUCACAUCAACUUCUACUACGGCGUUUUUAACCUCUACCACGAUUACAUAUACUACCAGUACUACAUCUACUUAUACUACCUCUACCACGAUUGUCUAUGAUACAAGCACCACAUCUCUCUACACUACCACGCAAUAUCCCGAAACUGUCAUUACUUCGGUCACAACUUCAACUCUACCACUUUCAUCCACUACAUACACCCUGACUUGCACAAACCCUCGUCCUUAA